AUGAGAUUACCGUUACUUCUGGUGCUUGUGGUCUUCACUAUUGGAGUGUCCUGUGGCUAUAGUUCAUCGAGACGGACCAGAAAGCCGCAGUACCACGGUGGCAGGACUACUGGCGUGAUCAACGGAAGAUACAGCGGAAGGAAUACCGGUUCUUACAUUGGCAAAACCAUUCGUCGGCCCUCAGGAAGUAUUACUGGACGUUGGGGUAGUACCGGCGGCUACUCUAGCAGCAAUGGUGGCCUAUGGGGAAGACUCCUUAAUGGGAGAUACCCCAGUCACGGCAAUAUAGGAAGACCAGGUUAUAACUAUGGAAGAAGACCCGGCUCAAGCUAUGUGAGGAUAUCCAGACCAUACUAUCCUAGCAGCGGUUAUGGAGGAAGAUAUGUCGGCUCAAACACUGGUGGGUACAUAGGUGGUGGAUAUGGAAGAACACCUGGGCACAAUAAUAAAGGAAGAUUCAUCCAAAGCUAUGGAGGAAUACCCAAGCCCCCUGGAACAGGAAAACCUCGUCCCAGCUAUGGAGGGGGACCUGAUUCCAACAAUGGCGGGAGACCCGGGACGGGAACUGGUGGCUACCCAAGCGGCAGUAACGGAGGAACAAAACCCGGAACCAAUUUUGGUGGAAGACCCGGAACUGGAAAUGGUGGCUACCCAAGCGGCAGUAACGGGGGUACAAAACCCGGAACCAAUUUUGGUGGAAGACCCGGAACUGGAAAUGGUGGCUACCCAAGCGGCAGUAACGGGGGUACAAAACCCGGAACCAAUUUUGGUGGAAGACCCGGAACUGGAAAUGGUGGCUACCCAAGCGGCAGUAACGGAACAAACCCGGUACCAAACAGGAAGACCGGAACUGGAAAUGGUGGCUACCCAAGCGGCAGUAACGGAGGUACAAAACCCGGAACCAAUUUUGGUGGAAGACCCGGAACUGGAAAUGGUGGCUACCCAAGCGGCAAUAACGGAGGAACAAAACCCGGUACCAAUUUUGGUGGAAGACCCGGAACUGGAAAUGGUGGCUACCCAAGCGGCAAUAACGGAGGAACAAAACCCGGUACCAAUUUUGGUGGAAGACCCGGAACUGGAAAUGGUGGCUACCCAAGCGGCAGUAACGGAGGAACAAAACCCGGUACCAAUUUUGGAGGAAGACCUGGCACCGUCAAUGUGAGACCCCCAAGCGGCAGUGGAGGUGUAUACGGUACCAAUAGCGGAAUUGACUAUGAACGCUGCUCUCAGUUGGCCGAUAAAGGUUCCUCUGAUUUCUUCACUGGACCAUAUUGUUUACAAGUAACACUCAAAACCUGUCGUCUACCCCGUGGGGUCGUCACGCAGAUCAACCCACAACUUAAUACCCUCCUACCUUCCUUUACCGGUCAAGCUGCUGACUAUAUGUUCAAUGUGAGGAGGUGUAUCACUAGGAGGCUGUUGCCGACACUAGAGGAACCUAACUGUAACACCCUACUGCAGAAGGCUAAGGGCAGCCUCACCGACACAGGCAGCUGCAUAGACCAAGAAGGUUUCUGUACCGUUAUGUCUGAUGCCGAAGACGCAAGAAACCUGUAUCUCAUCUUUGGACUUUCAAAUCCUAGUGACUUCCAGGCACGACUGUUGGAUGUAUUCCGUGGUCUUAUCAAGAAUUGCGAUGGUAAUGCCCAGAACAAUUUUGAGAAUAUUUUCAACCCGGUCAGAGGAUCUGGAGGAUUCAACGGCGGAAACAAUGGAGGAGGGCGUGGUAAUGGAGGAAAGAAUGGCGGAGGGCGUGGUAACGGAGGAAAGAAUGGAGGAGGGCGGGGCAAUGGAGGAAACAAUGGAGGAAACAACGGAGGCUGGGGUGGCAACGGAGGAAAUACUGGAGGAGGGCGUGGCAAUGGAGGAACCAAUGGAGGAGGGCGUGGUAACGGAGGAAACAAUGGAGGGGGGUCUGGCAAGGGUGGAAAAAAUGGAGGUUGGGGUGGAAACGUAGGAAAUAACGGAGGAAGGCGUGGUAACGGAGGAAACGAUGGAGGUGGGCGUGGUAACGGAGGAAACAAUGGAGGAGGGCGUGGUAACGGAGGAAACAAUGGAGGAGGGCGGGGCAAUGGAGGAAACAAUGGAGGAGGGCGUGGUAACGGAGGAAACAAUGGAGGUUGGGGUGGUAGCGUAGGAACCAAUGGAGGAGGGCGUGGUAACGGAGGAAACAAUGGAGGAGGGCGGGGCAAUGGAGGAAACAAUGGAGGUUGGGGUGGUAGCGUAGGAAACAAUGGAGGAGGGCGUGGUAACGGAGGAAACAAUGGUGGUUGGGGUGGCAACGGAGGAAAUAAUGGCAGAGGGCGUGGUAACGGAGGAAACAAUGGAGGAGGGCGGGGCAAUGGAGGAAACAAUGGAGGUUGGGGUGGUAACGUUGGAACCAAUGGAGGAGGGCGUGGUAACGGAGGAAACAAUGGAGGGGGGCGUGGCAAUGGUGGACAAAAUGGAGGUUGGGAUGGCAACGUAGGAAACAAUGGAGGAGGACGUGGUAACGGAGGAAACAAUGGAGGCGGACGUGGUAACGGAGGAAACAAUGGAGGAGGGCGUGGUAACGGAGGAAACAAUGGAGGUUGGGGUGGCAAUGGAGGAAACAAUGGAGGAGGACGUGGUAACGGAGGAAACAAUGGUGGAUUUCGAACGACCACGAUGAUGAUGAUGGGUGGAGCUGGUGGCGACUAGACACACUCCAAAUUGUGAUACAGACAUUUGCCCAGUGAAUAUCAUUUAUGAAUAAGACAUUACGUGAUGCUAGACUGUUUCCAGACGCUUAGAUAUCACCAUUAAUGAUCCGGUUCUAUCUGACAAAUUCUUUCACAGGACGCGUUGUUCUCAUAACUAUAUAAUGUUAUAGAAGUGUGGUACAGUUUGAAGCUUUCUCUCUACGGCACACAUACACUUUUCAUUUAUGCUGAAGGUAGAUAACUAGUAACAUUCAAAGAAAAUUUCUGGUGCCAUUCUUGUCGCCCUAUGUACUUUUAUAUAUGUAUUCAUAAUAAAGCAAUAAACAUCUGA